AUGACGUCCAAAGCAGCCGUCAACGGCAGCUUUGGCUCCUCCGCCAAUGCAGUGCAGCUCAUCUCAACACAGCGAGGCCGAAAGGUGUACUGCGUGCGAGGGCAGAACUUCGACAUCGAUGACACCUACACCGUGACAAGUGUGAUCGGGCACGGCGCAUACGGUGUGGUGUGUGCUGCGUUAGACGACCGCACGUUUAAAGAAGUGGCGAUAAAGCGUGUGAGUCGCGUGUUUGAAGACUUGAUUGAUGGCCGCCGCAUAUGGCGCGAGAUACUCCUUCUCCGCAUCCUCAAAGAGUGUGGGUGUCGAAACGUUCUCCGGCUGAUUCGUGUGCUGCCACCGCGAGACCCCAUCAUGGAGUUUCGCGACCUGUACUUGGUGACGGACCUCUAUGACAUUGAUCUUUUCUCUAUAAUUCGUCACAACAAGUGCGAAUCAAUAGACCUGCUGCGUCGCAUCAGCGUACGGGUGCUUCGGUGUCUGGCGGACAUGCACUCUAUGGGCAUAGUGCAUCGCGACAUCAAGCCCAGCAAUAUUCUGUUGCGUGACGAGAAGAAUGCAGAGGAGGCGAUAGUAUGCGACUUUGGUCUAGCGCGCGCCGGCCUGCACAAAUUGAGUGAGCCACUAGACUUGACAGACUACGUUGUCACCCGGUGGUACCGGCCACCGGAGCUGCUGCUCAUGUGUCCGUACAGCUACCCGAUCGACGUUUGGGCGGUCGGUUGCGUCAUGGCCGAGUAUGCCAUGCAGAGACCAUUGUUCGCCGGCCGCGACUAUAUUCACCAGCUUCAGUUUGUGCUCUCUAGCAUUCCCAUCACUGGCGUCGACUUUAUCGAGCGUAGCAGUAGCAGCUCCGGACUGGCCAAUAUGAACGAAAUUGCCAAGAAGUGCAAGGGCACCCGACCGCUGCCGCAGCUGCUGUCGAAGCUGCCAAAGGAUGGGCUGGAACUGGUCACAGAGAUGCUCGCCUUCGAACCAGACAAGCGCAUUACCGCGCAGGAGGCGCUCAAGCAUCCCUUCUUCAGCAGCGUUGGUGGACCAGAUUGCAAGUCCUACCCAGCCCCUCCAGAACUAGACCUCGGCUUCGACAUGCACGCAGAGGUUUCCGAGUGCCAGCUGCGCCGCGCCAUCUGGGACGAGGUGCAGUACUACAAAAAGUAG